CUCCUCCUCCUCCUCCUCCUCCUCUCCUCCUCUCUCAGCUCCGAGAAGAAGAAGAAACGCGAGGAUGUGUUGCUCGACCUGAGAUCUGAUCGCGUCUUUGGAGGAGGUGGGAAAAAAAAGAAGAAGAAAUAGAAAAAAAAAAAAAAAAGAAAAAAAAGCGGAGGAUUUGACGGCUGCGAUGUGACGCGUGCAUGCGCUCGUCUUAUGGCCGACUGAGGAGCGCCUGGAUGCGGCAGCGAGGAGGUUCGCGCACGCCGGGAAGCAUCGACCGUCGCCCCGCGUCUUCCUCGCGCCGACACCUCAGCCUCAUGCCCCCCGCCCGGAUGCGCACCUCUCCGCGGAGCAGAGCCGCGCUGACGCCGGACCCAAGUCCAGGGAGCACGCAUGGAAACCGUGGACCGGAAUUUUAGGAGGAAGGACAACUAAGCACAUUUUUUUUCCCUUCCAUCCUUCAAAGCUGGAUUAUUUCUUAAAAUCUCUCCAUGUUUGGUUUUAUCUUUUUUUUCUUCUUUUUUCUCCCUUGAAGAAUAAAAUGUCUGCGGUGGUUUUGACAUCAGCCAUUUGAAAAGAUCCCACCGUCCCAAGGUUCUGGACCAUGCCAGUCCGGAUCGAGCGCGCCCGGAGAUCGGUCUUGGGUUGACGUCGAGGUACAGCGACACACACAGCGCCAUUCCCCCGGUCCAGAACCCAGCGGGUCCACGUCUGGAGAAUACAAAGCAGCCGGGGCGGGGGGGUUGUGCAGGUUCCCCCCUCCACCUCUCUUGGGAAAGAACCCCGUGUGUGUGUGUGUGUGUGUGUGUGUGUGUGCCGGUUCUGGUUCCACUUAGACCAGCUUGUGAAACCCUGACGGUCCACAAAGUAGGCCUUGAUCCUGUGGGACCUGCUGUCAGGUCACUAGUUGAUCCACUUUGAGGGAAGUUUGACCUGCCCCCCCCCUACACACACACACCCUCCGGCCCCCCACAACGCCUUUAAUCUGAUUUCUCACCUGGUCGGCGCCCCCCCACCCAAAACCAACCAUACGAUUCCCCCCGAGCUCCCCUAAUUCCCCCGCCCCCCCAGCGCCCCCCCGCCGCCGCCGCCGCCGUUCGCCCGCCGCCGUCCGCCCCCCCUUUUCCGAGCUGGCGUGGCGACGCAAACUCACAAAUAUUUACUUCCUGUACGUGAAGCGGAAAGGGGGCCCCCCUUUCGUGGAAUGCGGCAACAUGGGCGUGUUUGACCGCGGAGUUCAGAUGCUGCUGACCACGGUGGGGGCCUUCGCCGCCUUCAGCCUGAUGACCAUCGCCGUGGGGACGGACUACUGGCUGUACUCGCGCGGCGUCUGCAAGAUCAAGAGCAGCAACGAGAACGAGACCAGCAAGAAGAACGAGGAGGUGAUGACGCACUCGGGCCUCUGGAGGACCUGCUGCCUGGAAGGUUCCUUUAAGGGCAUGUGUAAACAAAUCGAUCACUUCCCGGACGACGCCGACUACGAGGCCGACGCUUCCGAGUACUUCCUACGUGCGGUGCGGGCCUCCAGUAUCUUCCCUAUUCUCAGUGUGAUCCUGCUCUUCAUGGCGGGGCUCUGCAUCGCUGCCAGCGAGUUCUACAAGUCACGCCACAACAUCAUCCUCAGCGCCGGCAUCCUCUUCGUCUCCGCAGGCCUGAGCAACAUCAUCGGCAUCAUCGUCUACAUAUCCGCCAACGCCGGGGACCCUUCCAAGAGCGACUCCAAGAAGAACAGCUACUCCUACGGCUGGUCCUUCUACUUCGGCGCCCUCUCCUUCAUCAUGGCCGAAAUGGUGGGCGUGCUGGCCGUGCACAUGUUCAUCGACCGCCACCGGGAGCUGCGCGCGGGGGUCCGGGCCGCCGACUACCUCCAAGGCUCCGCCAUCACGCGCAUCCCCAGCUACCGCUACCGCUACCGCCGCCGCUCGCGCUCCUCCUCCCGCUCCACCGACCCCUCGCACUCCCGCGAGGCCUCGCCGGUGGGCCUGAAGGCCUUCGGGACGCUGCCCUCCACGGAGCUCUCCAUGUACACGCUUCCCAAAGGCCAAACGGGCACGCCCACCGCCACCUAUAACUCCACAGAGAGGGACCACAACUUCCUGCAGGUCCACAACUGCAUCCAGAAGGACCUGAAGGACUCGGGCGGCCACGGCAACGCCGCCAACCGCCGCACCACGCCCGUAUGAAACUGACCAAAACCUGAGACACUUGAAAAAUCGGUCGUCCGAGUGGGGGACUGUGAGGGGGGAGACGGUUCGUGUCUUUGAGGGCUAGAAGGAGAAAGUUCUGUUCAAAUGGGGGGGGGAAAAUGCAUGAUUUUGCCAUCUAGCGUUAUUUAACAAUUUGGAAGGAGUCGAGGGGUCCUGUGGAGCGCCCCCACCGUCCAAUCAAACGGUCAACUUGAUAUUUUUUACUCUUCCCCGGCCGGGGCCCCGCCUAAAACCCCGCCCUGACCUCUUUCGUUGCCGUAUCUUCCUUACUUUCUUCUUUCCUUUAACAUAAAUACUGUGAAGCAUCGCGGCGUAAGAGUUAUUAUAGCAGGGAGCACUUUCCGGGCCGCAAACAGAAAAAAAAAGUGAGAAAAAAAAGCAACUAUGUAUGGAUUCUAUAUAAACAUAUGAGUAUACCUGUUAAUACACGCAAAGGACAAGGGAAAAUACAUCAAAGUAGCUUAAAGGAGAGGCAAAGUCGUCACGGAAACUAACCCCGGACAAGUGUCGAGGAUCAGCUAUUGGUUCGUCGUAAUAGAGAUGUCCGAUAAUAUCGGAACUGCCGAUGUUAUCGGCCGAUAAAUGCUUUAAAAUGUGAUAUCGGAAAUUAUCGGUAUCGGUUUCAAAAAGUAAAAUGUAUGACUUUUUUAAAACGCCGCUGUACGGCGUCUCCCAGUCAUACUUGCCAACCCGCCCCUUUUUCCCCGGGAGACUCCCGAAUUUCAGAGAAAAUCUCCCGGGGCAACCGUUCUCCCGAAUUUCUCCCGAUUCCCACCCAGACAACAAUAUUGGGGGCGUGCCUUAAAGCAUACUUGCCAACAGUCCCGAUUUUCAUCCAUCCAUCCAUCCAUUUUCUACCGCUUAUUCCCUUCGGGGUCGCGGGGGGGCGCUGGAGCCUAUCUCAGCUACAAUCGGGCGGGAGGCGGGGUACACCCUGGACAAGUCGCCACCUCAUCGCAGGGCCAACACAGAUAGACAGACAACAUUCACACUCACAUUCACACACUAGGGACCAUUUAGUGUUGUCAAUCAACCUAUCCCCAGGUGCAUGUCUUUGGAGGCCUCCCGAAAUUCUCCCGGGGCAACCAUUCUCCCGAUUUCCACCCGGACAACAAUAUUGGGGGCGUGCCUUAAAGGAACUGCCUUCAGCGUCCUCUACAAACUGUCGUCACGUCCGCUUUUCCUCCAUACAAACAGCGUGCCGGCCCAGUCACAUAUUAUAUGUGGCUUUUUCGCACACACAAGUGAAUGCAAUGCAUACUUGGUCAACAGCCAUACAGGUCACACUGAGGGUGGCCGCAUAAACAACUUUAACACUGUUACAAACAUGCGCCACACUGUGAACCCACACCAAACGAGAAUGACAAAACACAUUUCGGGAGAACAUCCGCGCCGUAACACGACAGAACAAAUACCCAGAACCCCUUGCAGCACUAACUCUUCCGGGACGCUACAAUAUACACCCCCACUACCACAAACCCCCCAUCUCCCGAAUUCGGAGGUCUCAAGGUUGGCAAGUAUGCCUUAAAGGCACUGCCUUUGCGUACCGACCCAGUCACAUAUUAUCUACGGCUGUUUACACACACACACAAGUGAAUGCCAUGCAUACUUGGUCAACAGCCAUACAGGUCACACUGAGGGUGGCCGCAUAAACAACUUUAACACUGUUACAAACAUGCGCCACACUGUGAACCCACACCAAACGAGAAUGACAAAACACAUUUCGGGAGAACAUCCGCACCGUAACACGACAGAACAAAUACCCAGAACCCCUUGCAGCACUAACUCUUCCGGGACGCUACAAUAUACACCCCCGCUACCACAAACCCCCCAUCUCCCGAAUUCGGAGGUCUCAAGGUUGGCAAGUAUGCCUUAAAGGCACUGCCUUUGCGUACCGACCCAGUCACAUAUUAUCUACGGCUGUUUACACACACACACAAGUGAAUGCCACGCAUACGUGGUCAACAGCCAUACAGGUCACACUGAGGGUGGCCGCAUAAACAACUUUAACACUGUUACAAAUAUGCGCCACACUGUGAACCCACACCAAACGAGAAUGACAAAACACAUUUCGGGAGAACAUCCGCACCGUAACACGACAGAACAAAUACCCAGAACCCCUUGCAGCACUAACUCUUCCGGGACGCUACAAUAUACACCCCCGCUACCACAAAACCCCGCCCCCCCCCUAUCUCCCGAAUUCGGAGGUCUCAAGGUUGGCAAGUAUGCCUUAAAGGCACUGCCUUUGCGUGCCGGCCCAGUCACAUAAUAUCUACGGCUUUUUACACACACACACAAAUGAAUGCCAGGCAUACUUGGUCAACAGCCAUACAGGUCACACUGAGGGUGGCCGCAUAAACAACUUUAACACUGUUACAAAUAUGCGCCACACUGUGAACCCACACCAAACGAGAAUGACAAAACACAUUUCGGGAGAACAUCUGCACCGUAACACAACAUAAACACAACAGAACAAAUACCCAGAACCCCUUGCAGCACUAACUCUUCCGGGACGCUACAAUAUACACCCCCGCUAUCACAAAACCCCGCCCCCAUGUCCCGAAUUCGGAGGUCUCAAGGUUGGCAAGUAUGCCUUAAAGGCACUGCCUUUGCGUGCCGGCCCAGUCACAUAAUAUCUACGGCUUUUUACACACACACACACAAGUGAAUGCAAUGCAUACUUGGUCAACAGCCAUACAGGUCACACUGAUGGUGGCCGCAUAAACAACUUUAACACUGUUACAAACAUGCGCCACACUGUGAACCCACACCAAACGAGAAUGACAAAACACAUUUCGGGAGAACAUCCGCACCGUAACACAACAUAAACACAACAGAACAAAUACCCAGAACCCCUUGCAGCACUAACUCUUCCGGGACGCUACAAUAUACACCCCCGCUACCACAAAACCCCGCCCCCAUGUCCCGAAUUAGGAGGUCUCAAGGUUGGCAAGUAUGCCUUAAAAAGGUACUGCCUUUGCAUGCCGGCCCAGUCACAUAAUAUCUACGGCUUUUCACACACAUAAGUGAAUGCCAGGCAUACUUGGUCAACAGCCAUACAGGUCACACUGAGGGUGGCCGCAUAAACAACUUUAACACUGUUACAAAUAUGCGCCACACUGUGAACCCACACCAAACGAGAAUGACAAAACACAUUUCGGGAGAACAUCUACACCGUAACACAACAUAAACACAACAGAACAAAUACCCAGAACCCCUUGCAGCACUAACUCUUCUGGGACGCUACAAUAUACACCCCCCCCCAAACCGUCCGACUGGAACCCUCUAAUAACUAAAGUUCCUUGGGUGAAUAAUAUAAAGUCACUACACCGGUAUGUUUUAGCGCUUUCAUGGCGAGUUUACUGACAGAUAUAAGUAAGAACUUUACACUACUUUAUAUUAGAAAUGGCAACAGCGGAGGAUGAAUGUCCCAUAACAAGAAGAUAAGAGAAAAAGAAGAAGCACAUUUUCAGGACUUAUGCAGAUCCCAAAUACAGAUCAGCAGAUACCAGAAGGCAAGAAAAGUUGCUUUUGCACAAUAUUAAGUUACAGUUAAGUUAAAGUGCCAAUGAUUGUCACACACAGACACUAGGUGUGGUGAAAUUUGUCCUCUGCAUUUGGCUCACCCCCUGUGAGGUGAGGUGAGGGGAGCAGUGAGCAGCAGCGGUGGCCGCGCCCAGAGAAUCAUUUUUGGUGAUUUAACCCCCAAUUCCAACCCUUGAUGCUGAGUGCCAAGCAGGGAGGUAAUGGGUCCCAUUUUUUAUAGUCUUUGGUAGGGAUGUCCGAUAAUAUCGGACUGCCGAUAUUAUCGGCCGAUAAAUAGUUUAAAAUGUAAUAUC